AUGAGGGGCUCUGACGCGAUGGCGACGCAGGCGUCGAGGUGGCGGCCACCGCAGAACCCGGCAGCCGUGCGGAAGUACUCAAGCGAGACUGCCGCCCCGCAGCCACCUGCGAAGAUCAUCUUGGAGGACCACUCCCUCAUCGAGGUCUUUCGGCGCUCGGCGGCUUUUCAGAGGAUCAUUGCCUACGUGCAAGGCUGCAGCGAGGCGGUGGAGUCGACGCCAAACCACCAGCGCCUGUCCGCCACGGUGGAUGACUGCGACGAUACGGUGAGGUACCUCGUAACGGACUACCUACCACGACUGCAUGACAUCGUGACCGCGAUCCCGCUGGAGGACAUGGCGCAGCAGCGCUUUGGCAACCGCGCCAAGCGCCUGUUUCACGCGCGACUCGAGGAGACGGUCAUCGCCGACAUGGAGAAGCUCAUCCGAACCUUUCCCACCUCCGCGGGUCGGUCGGAGGAGACGAUCACCGAUAUGGCGACAGAGGUGGCGGCGUACGUCAUGGACUCUUUCGGCAACGCCACCCGCCUCGACUACGGCAGCGGCCACGAGCUGCACUUCUUCAUCGUCAUCAUGAUCUGCCUCGAGGAGCACGGCGACGGCGGCGGGAGUCUGAAGGAUGAGCCGGCGGUGCUCGUCCCGCUCGAGGUGCCGCCGCCGCCGCCGGUGCCCCCAGCGGAGCGCGCGGAGGUGCGCAAGCGGCGUCAGGACUACAUCUUCUACGUCUUUCACGAAUACAUGCGCCUGGUCCGGCGUCUGCAGAAGCGUUACUCACUCGAGCCGGCGGGGUCGCACGGGGUAUGGGGCCUAGACGACUAUCACCACAUCCCCUACAUCUUCGGUGGUGCGCAGCUCAUCAACGCGGAGACACAACCCGUGAAACCGGCGGCCGAUCAGGAGGCGAUGAUAAUUCUACCCAAGCACGUCUGCGACCGCGCCAAGGUGGAGAUGCUGAAGGACAACUAUCUCUACUUUAGCAUGAUCGCGUGGAUCUUGGAGAACAAGUCGGGGCCCUUCCACGAGCACAGCAACAUGCUGUACAACAUCUCCGGUGUCGAGCGCUGGUCGAAGAUCUACAGCGGCAUGGUGAAGAUGUUCGCCGCGGAGGUACUGGCAAAGUUCAACGUGUCGCAGCACCUCCUUUUCGGCCGACAUCUGCCGUGGAACACGAAGACGAUGUGA